AUGUAUACUCUUGAUAUUAGAGUUUGUACUAGUCAAUUCAUUCAUUGUUUUGCUCGAGCCACUCACAUGACAGGAAGUUUUUUUAUCACCUUUGUAUAUGGUUUUAAUGAUGUGAAAUUGAGGGAUCAAUUAUGGCUGGAUAUUCAGGAGUUAGCUUUGAAGAUUGAUGAGGCUUGGAUGAUAUUGGGAGAUUACAAUGAAAUCUUGCAUCAGAAUGAAAGAGUUGGCAAGAAGACUAUUAUGAAACCUUCUCUGAGCCUUCGAGAUUGCAUGAUCACUUGUCAAAUGGAAGAAUUGAAAUAUUCAGGGAGUUUUUAUACAUGGAAAAAUAAGCAAAGGCCUGAGGAUCGUGUCUAUUCUAAAAUUGAUAGGGCUAUGGUUAACAUGAAAUGGACAGAUCAAUACCCGAACUCUGAGCAAUUUUUCUUCCUGAAGCAACCAUUCAGGUGUUUCAGAAUGUGGAAGGAAGCUUCAUCAUAUGCAACUAAAGUUAGCACUAACUGGAAUAUAGUAGUUUCGGGCACUGAGAUGUAUAAAUUAGUCCUGAAGUUAAAGAGACUUAAACAGAUUUUCAGAGAAAUAAAUAGAGAAGGAUAUCAUUACAUUAAAAAGGCUGAAGCUCAAGCCAAGCAUUGCAUGCUGGAAAUUCAAGAAAGCUUGCACCAAGAUCCUCUCAAUGAGUCCUUAAUUCAACAGGAGGUAUUGGCUAGGGAAGAAUUUAACCGAUUAAAUAGAGCAUAUUUGUUAUUUUUAGCACAGAAAUCAAAAGAUAGCUGGGUGAUGAAUGGUGAUGAAAACACUGCUAUUUUUCAUGCCUCAUUGAAAGCUAGAAGGAUUCAGAAUCGGAUUUUCUCUAUACACACUGAAAAAGGUACCUGGGUGGAUACAGUGGAUGGUGUACAAAGAGCUUUCUUAGAAUAUUAUCAAAAUUUAUUGGGGACCCAAUUGCAUAGUAGGAGGAAGGUAUCACAGGCUAUUGUUGAUUUGGGUCCUGGCAUUUCUGAGGUGCAUUCUAGGAUGCUGUUAGAAACUUUUACAGCUCAGGAAGUUAAAGAUGCUCUAUUCUCCAUUCAAGGUCUGAAGGCCCCUUGUCCUGAUGGCUAUAGUAGUUUUUUUUAUCAGGAUAAUUGGGAUUUAGUAGGUGCUGAGGUGUGUUCGACUGUUUUAGACUUCCUAACUACGGGGAAAAUUCUUAAAGUGAUUAAUGCUACAACCAUCACCCUCAUUCCAAAAAUCAAAUGUCCGACCAAAGUGAGUGAUUUCCGUCCAAUCUCCUGUUGUAAUGUGCUCUAUAAAAUUGCAUCCAAAAUGAUAUGUGCAAGGUUGAGAAGGGUUCUUCUGGAUUUGAUUGCAGAGAACCAAGGGGGUUUUGUUCAUGGGAGCAAAAAGGGGAUUAAGGCAAGGGGAUCCAAUGUCUCUAUUAUUGUUUGUGUUAGAGUGACAUUAAUUAAUGCAGUACUCAUGUCUAUACACUCCUAUUGGGCCCAAAUCAUGAUAUUGCCGAAGAGGAUACUGAAGGAAAUUGAUGCCAUUUGUAGAGCCUUUCUUUGGAGAGGAAUGAGUGAUAAUGUAGGGCCUGGACUUGUUGCUUGGCAUACCGUUUGCAAUUCCAAAACAGGUGGAGGAUUGGGUUUUAAGAGGGUUGUGGACUGGAAUAUUGAAGCUAUAGGGAAAUACAUAUGGGAAAUUGCUUCCAAAAAAGAUAACUUGUGA